GCUUCCAUUUUGAGGGACCGAUCCCCCCGGCUCGCAAACACGAGUCUGUUGUCGCCCGCGUCCCGUGUCAUUUCGCUCGGUGUGUGCGUCUCAGCGUCUUCGGUGAGUGCCGAAGAUCAGCCACGAACGUGGACCGCGGAGUCGUAAUAACGGAAAGACCGGCAAGAUGCAGGGCACCAUAAUCGAAAACCUGAGCGGCAAGAAGCUCUCUGUGCUGGUGAUGCUGCUCAUAAUCGCGCAAAUAGUCUGCUUCCUGAUAGGGGGUUUAAUCGCACCUACACCUGCCAGCAGUCAGAACAUUCUUGGCACACCAUGCAAAAUCAUUAGCGUUAAUGAUUCUCAUGAUGAAAAUAAAUGGUUUUAUCCAAGAGGAAAAGGUUCCUGUUCUCAAGUUGACCUGCAUCAAUUUAGUUUAGACAUUCAUCAGCAAGCUUAUCAAGUUGUAUACACAUUUCAGAUGCCUGUGCCUCGGAGCAGCAUGCAGCUUGAUUAUUCGAGAUGGCAGCAAAAUUUGAUAGGUGUUUUACAAGUGGAUAUAUCUUAUACCAGUCAGAUAGAAAUUGCUCCCAGGACGAAAAUAACAUUGGAUGCACGGCUAGCAUAUCGAAACAAGGGAGAUCCAGAUAACGCAUGGAAACCAUAUGCUUCUUCUAUUGUGGAGAGAAUUUUGGACUGUAGCAUAGAUAAGCCAUUGGAGCACUACAAUUAUAAUUGUAGCGUUAUGCCAUUGUUUGAAUUAGGAUCUUUAUACCAUGACUAUUACUUGUUGAAUAUUCGUCUUCCUGCCGACACUAAUAAAAAUCAAGGAUUGGGACACAUCGUUGAUUUAUGGCUCACAGCUAUCAAUCAAAAUGGAGGAUUCACGAAAGUGUGGGUGAGCCUAAAGACCAUUUAUUUCCCAGUAGUGCUAGGCGUUUUGACUUGGUAUUGGAGGAGAGUGUACAUGUUAUCCAGAUCACCUGCUCUUUUGGAGUACAUGCUCUUAGCUUUGGGUUCCGCCUUAACGUUUUUAAAUCUGCCAUUGGAAUAUUUAACUCUUGCUUAUGAUAUGCCAUUUAUGCUUUUACUGGGUGAUAUUCGACAAGGAGUAUUUUAUGCAACAUUGUUAUCAUUUUGGCUUGUAUUUGCUGGUGAACACUUAAUGAUUCAGGAAGGUGAACAAAGCAAUUCAUUAAAAUGUUACUGGCGGCAUCUCUCUGCAGUUGGUACUGGUUGUCUCUCACUGUUUGUAUUUGAUAUGUGCGAACGUGGUGUACAAUUGAGAAAUCCAUUUUAUUCGAUUUGGGUCACUGAUCUUGGCACGAAAUUGGCAUUGUCUUUCAUCAUCUUGGCUGGCAUUUCAGCCGGAAUAUACCUGCUAUUCUUGUCUUAUAUGAUAUGGAAAGUAUUCAUGAAUAUUAGUGCGAAGAGAGCUGUUUUACCUAGCAUGAGCUCAGCGCGACGUCUGCAUUAUGAGGGUGUUAUAUAUCGCUUCAAAUUCUUAAUGAUUGCCACAUUAUUAUGCGCAUCAUUAACUGUCAUUGGUUUUAUACUUGGACAAGUUGCGGAAGGUCAGUGGAAAUGGGAUGAAGAUUUACAAUUGGAAAUGACUUCUGCCUUUUUCACCGGAGUAUAUGGAAUGUGGAAUAUUUACAUUAUUGCAUUAUUAUGCCUCUAUGCACCUUCUCACAAACAAUGGCCAAUUGAGCCGUCUGAAAACAGUAUUAGUGAAGAGAUCGAAUUUUCUCCCUUGCCAACUGAUCCUAAUGAGAUGCUGUCUCUCACUGCAUUUGCGCGAAAAACAGCAGUAGAGUAAAGUAUAUAUUUCUAUUUGUGUACAUUUUGUAAGAAACAGGACGACAUACGGCAAACUUCACUUAGUACUUAAUGUACUUAAGUGUUAUAAGUAGAAUUUGUAAGUAGAUUUGUACUUAGAUUUCCCAUUACUUAUUAGGGACACAAUGACUGAUAAUACUCCUAUAGUAACAAUUUUAUAUACCAAAUUUGAUUAUUUAUUGUUUCCAACGUUUUUUGUACGUUUUUAUAUACCUAUUUAUAAUAUAUCUAUAAUAAGAAAAUUAUAAGUCAUUUCAUCUCUAUAUUCGUUAGUAUUUUUCAUAAGCAUAAGCAUAAAUUUUGGAGUGAAUUUGAUAAAAUCUGUUUUUUUUUACACUAUUUAUAAAAUUUUAUAUAGCGUAAUGUAACAUGAAUAUAUAAAUGUAGAUUGAAAUACAAAGCGACAAGUAAUAGUUAAAGUUACGUAUUUAAAAAUAUGAUACAAGAACUACUAGAAUAUAAAUGAUAGGUGCAAUCAUGUUAUUUUAAUAUCUUCCUGGAAAUAAAAAAUUAUACUUAUAAUAUUUUCUGCUCACUUAAAUUUUUGGAAAAGUAUUACACAAACGACAAUCAAAUGUUUCCGUCGAAUCCAACGUUUUAUAUGGGAUUGAGAUGAAAUGACUUUAUAUCUAGUAAACAGCAGCUAAUCUAUAAUCAAGAUAGAAUUUACACAGUAUUAUAUGGAUGUAUUGUCGUAUUGUAAUAGAAUAUAGAAUUUAUUUCUACAAAGCUUAUAUGCUAAUAGAUAAGACAUAUUUUAUCUGCUAAUGAAUCGAUGAAAUUUUUAUGUUGAGAAAGAAAAGGUUAAUGAAUUUUUUCUUGACAUUUUUUACAUGUAAGAUUUUUAGAACAUUUUUCAGUAUUAUAUGCUUAUAGUAGCGAUAGUAUUUCCGCACUAAUCUAAUCAUUGUUUUAUAUUAACAUGUAAACGUUUGUAAGAACUGUAAUUUACAUACUUAAAUAGUUAAUUAUUCUUAGAUCGACAUUAAAAAUUUAAAGAUAUUGUAGCAUUCCAUUCCAAUCUUACAAGACGUAUAAGCGUUAUAUAUGUGUUUAUACAUAUAGGUGAUUUAUUGCAAUUAAUCAAUAACGUAAUGAAUAGGUUUAGACAAUGAAUUUAUAUUAAAAUUCGAAAGCAUAUUAUUCCUAUUCACUUGUCAUAUAUUAAGCAUAAGAUGGUGUGAAG